AACAAAUGGAAAGAUCUGAGGAAAGUCGUAUCUUUAGAUAACUUAGUAUUAACCAACUGCUGUCAAGUUGAAACUAUUUUAUGCCAAACAAAUAAUAUUAUGAAAAAUAAUUCAAGUUUUGUGUACUACCAAUGGCAAAUCCAUAGCCAGAAUGAAUAUCAGAAACCAUUGCAGAAGCAUUGUACGAACUAGAAAUGAUGGAGUUACGAUUAAAGAAAUUGGAAAAGACGAAAGCAUAUCGUGAGGGUAUUUUGAAAACAUUAAAGAACGAUACUCGACGAAGGAAGCGAGUUAUGAUCGCUCCACGUAUGGCAGACAUUAACAUUGAAGAUUUAACAUGUGCGGUGAAAAAUUCACCAUUUCCCCCGGAGAAAAACAAACUUACAAGCUCUUAUGAGAAUGGUAAAUCUUCUGGAGAUGAUGACAUUGACAUUGAUAGCUAUAAGAAUUGGAUUCGGGAAAGAAAAAAUCUUCGUCAGGACUUGAACCAACACGAAAGACUUUCUGAAUGGCUCUCAAGAAAACCUAGCCUCACCGAGAUCGAACGACGUGUUCAUGAUGCGCAAAUUCAAGCAGAGCUUGCCCUUGUGCUCUUGAAUAAAAUGAAACAGAAUGACAAUGAACUUGACAGUGAAGACGUUAAGUCAUCCAAAGGGAAAGGGACUUGGUCUCUUCCAUCCAUUGAUCAACCAGAGCCUGUUGCCUUGUCUGUUAUAAAUGAUUACUUGGCCAAGAGGCAUUUAAGAUUGCUGGAUCUGUUUCUACAGGCUGACCAGGACAAGGAUUGUAAAAUUAGUCGAGAGGAACUUAUUGAAACUAUGAAAGUAAAUAACAUACCACUCAGUGACGGUGCAGUUGAUAAUUUUUUUCAAAUAUUCGACUCGAACGGCGAUAGACUACUUGAUUACAAGGAAUUUUCUAAAGCAAAGGAUGUUCAUAUAACAAAACAACAACAUCAUCAUAACAGUUCAAAACAGUCAAAUGCAAAAUCAUCAACGUCUCUGCUCAAAGAAAAUAAAAUGAGCACAAGUCAAAUAUCAUCUCAUUCUUUGCUUAGUCUUCCUCAUCUCACAAAUAGUGAAUACUCUACAUAUGAAAAGAAUGCCGAGAAGCGCUCGAGACGACAACUGAAGCGGAACAAACAUCGCUCGAAAAUUAGAAAAACGGUGGAAAAUUCCCAUCGUUGUUGCACUAUAGGAGGGCCAACUGGACCACUUAUUGACGACUUUCAAAAACGGCAGAGACGAGAAUACGAACAAAUUGUGGAAUUAUGCCAUCACCACGGUCUACCGCUGUCCAAAAAUAUUCUGGAACGAGUCCUCUUAUAUCCUGAAGAUCACGACUUUACUGCAUGUAUCAAUGUGUUGAAAUCACGUGAAAAACGCAUGGCGGAGAAUGGAUUGGUGUCCAAUAUCGCCGCGAGAGAUUCUAAAGUACAAAACCCAAAGAGAAAGGUGUUCAAUUCUGAUCUCGUUUAUCCCCAUGCGUCGCUCGUUGCUCCCAAAAUCGAGAUAAUGAAUCUGUCAAGUGGUACUGCGGAGGUCACUCGAAGAGCAGACUGUUGGAUGACGUAUGAAGAGUACUGCAAAUUGACGAGUCAUCUAGCUCCUCGUGUGCGAAGUUCGUGGAAACGUAGUGACGACGACGACAACUGGCCUUCGUAUGUGCUCGAUAAAUUACGACUUUAUGUGGAAGAACCUCGAAGACAACUGACGAGAAAUGUGAAUAGUAUAUUCAAUGUCGUUCAUAAAACAGCGAUACAAUAAAACCGAAGUAGAAGAAAGCUCAACUUAAAGAGAUAAGUUUUAGCUUAGUUUCAUACUUAUAUGCAUGGCACUAAAUGAAAUGUUAUCAUAGUGUUGCGGUUAUGAGAUUUAAUUGAGAAAGAAGCGCCUGUGUUUGUGCAAAGUAAUGAACCUAGUUUUGACCCGAGAGGAUUUCUUCUAUUUUUGUGUAAGCUGCAGAAAAAAGCUCGAAGGUGACUUGGUAGCAAACAUUUGGAAAUUGGUGCAGUAUUGUUGUUGCUGGACAAACCAUUGCUGCAUCAUUUUAAUCAAAAUUCCCCUUUAGAUAACAUCUACAAUUUGUCCUUUGAAUUGAUAAUUGUUCAUAGGUUAAUAUUUCUUUGUUUCAAUCAUGAGAUUUACUGAAUGUCGAUUUUAAA